AUGCUUGAUAAGGGACAGUCAGUGUUCUUGUUUCUUCCAAAAUGGGGCCAUGGGGCUCACACGAAGGCAGUAGGUCUGUCCAUUUCUUUCAAAAUGGCACCCCGAAACCAACAUGGUGGGUCUUUUAAAAUAUGGGGCAAGCAUCAUAUACCUCAGUUUGGAAAUGAAUGCUUGACCUUUGACUUUCACCUCCUUGGUCAACAUUUUUCCAAACUGGCCUGGCUGAGCUCUCAGCGACCGUGUUCUUUCAGUGUUCACAGUCAGUACCACAGGUGUUCACAGUCAGUGCCACAGGUGUUCACAGUCAGUGCCACAUGUGUUCACAGUCCGUGUCACAGGUGUUCACUGUUCAUUGUUUAUAGUACAGGCUAG